AUGCAAACGACAACAACCCCUUUAAUUCAUCACCAGCAGCAGCAGCAGAAGCAGCAGCAGCAGCAGCAACAUCACAACCAGCAGCAGCAGAAGCAACAGCAGCAGCAGCAGCAGCAGGUGAACCAGCAGCAGCAGCAGCACCCGAAGCAACACCAGAAGAAGCAGCAGCACCACCACCAGCAGCAGCAGAACCAGCAGCAGCAGAACCAGCAGCAGCAGCAGCAACAGAAGCAGCAGCAGCAGAACCAGCAGCAGCAGCAGCAACAGAAGCAGCAGAAGCAGAACCAGCAGCAGCAGCAGCACCAGAAGCAGCAGCAGCAGCAGCAGCAGCAUCAGCAUCAGCAGCAGCAACAGAAGCAGCAGCAGCACCAGCACCAGCAGCAUCAGCAGCAGCACCAGAAGCAGCAGCAGCAGCAGCAGCAGCAGCAGCAGCAGCAGCAGCAGCAGCAGCAGCAGCAGAAGAAGAAGAAGAAGAAGGGAAGAAAAACAACUAUACAUAAACAGCAGCAGCAGCAGCAGCAGCAGCAGCAGCAGGAGCAGGUAGAGGAGGAGAAGCAGCUGCAGCAGCUGGAACGAGAAGCAACAGCAGCAGCAGCAGCAGCAGAACCACCACCAGCAGCAGCAGCAGCAGCAGAACCACCCCAGCAGCAGCAGCAGCAGCAGAACCAGCAGCAGCAGCAGCAGCAGCAGCAGCAGCAGCAGCAGCAGCAGUGGUUGCUUCCUUUCUAUACUUCUAUUCUUCGUUGUCUUUAUCCUCCUGCUGCUGCUGCUGCUCCUGCUGCUGCUGCUGCUGCUGCUGAUGGUGGUGGUGGUGGUGGUGGUGGUGGUGAUGGUGGUUGUGGUGGUGGUGCUGCUGCUGCUGCAGCAGGAGAAAUAGCAGCAGCAACAGCAGCAGCAGCAGCAGAAGCAAUAGUACCAGCAGCAGCAGCAGCAGCAGCACCAGCAGCAGCAACAGCAGCAACAGCAGCAGCAGCAGCAGCAGCAGCAGCAGCAGGACGAUGGAUCCCUUGUACUUAUUACACGCAUCAGCAGCAGCAGCAGCAGCAGCAGCAGCAGCAGCAGCAGCAGCAGCAGCAGCAGCAGCAGCAGCAGCAGUAG